UGGCGCAGCAGCCUAAUAAAACCUCAUGCAUCUUUGGCUUCAAAACACUGUCCUACACACGCUCUUGCAUCAACAACAUCAACAACAGCGGACUCUAGAAACAUGUCUUUCCUUAAGGGAUUAAUGGGUAAUAAAGCAGCAGAUUCAUUUGUCGACCAGGCAGUGGAUAAAGCAGCUGCUGCAGCUAAAAAAAAGGUGAAGGAAUCAAUUACUGGAAAGAAACAGGAAACCGAUAAGACCGGGGGCAUGGGAGGUCUUUUCCCAAGUAAUGAGGAGAAGGACAAGAAACCAAAGGAAAAGGCAGGAGGUGGAAUAUUUGGUGGCCUCCUUUCAGCAGAAAAACCAGAGGAAAACAGCACUGGAGGAGCCAUCAGUGCAGGAGGAAGCAGCAAUGCAGAAAGCAACACUGGAGCAGACAGCAGUUUCAACGAAGCCCUGGAUGACCUUGCUUUCGAGUUCAGUGAGAAAUGAUGUUCUGACAAUCGGGAAAAAUCUCUGGCUGAGGUUUCCAGCUGGCGAACUCUGCCUAAAAUCAGCAUCUCCUAGUGUCAUGGACUUUAUUACUCAUGUAAAUAGUUUGAUGUCUCUUCAAUAGCUUAUGUACGACCACUAAAAAAAAAAUACUACAAAUCAUGCAUAUUACAUUCAUAUUAUGUAUUUAAGUUUAUUUAGCAUGUUUUUGUUUUUAAUACCUUGAGAUAAGAUGUUUAGUGAAUAAAGCUGAAUACAAAAGUU